UCUUUCUGAAUGCCAGUGGCAGUCGAUUGGUUAAAGAGGUACUACUACAGUGGCGUACAAGACGACGGAAGACAACAAAAACAUUGGGUGCGUCGCAUGUGAUAGCAUAGACUGUAAAAGUAGGUAAUCACGUGAAGACAUUUCGAUAAGAAUUUGAGAAACUCGUCCACUGAAAUAGAAUUUUGCGAAGACAAUCAUGAAGAAAAUAACAUGUCAGGUAGCUAGUUAUGCAAGUUAAUUUUGAACAUUUGAUCAGGAUCCCCGUGGCACACAAAACAAUUCAACGACUAAUCAGCUAACGUUAGCUAAAGGUAGCUAGCCCGUUACUAUAUUUUUGUAUUUUGGUGUGCCACGUGCAAUGCGAGGAAAUCAUCACCGACUGGUUCGUGGAAAAUUUCACAUUGAAAGGAGAAAAGACAGAAAUAUCAUUAUCGCCUCCAGUUUAACAUUGACAGAAGAAGAGGAUAACCAACAUAGAAUCAACCAAUCAACCCUUUUGCAAGUCAUCAGGACUCAAGACAGGUCCUUGGCAGAGUUGCAGUUCUUGACACAAACCGGUGAACCUGGCACCUAUAAGGGAUCAUAGCUGUCACCUGGAUUCACCUGAUAUUUACAAUGGACCACACACAUGAUUGUGUGGAUGACAACCCAGAAACCAUGAAUGAACUAGAUGAGUCUGACCACUCAGGAACCACACACUACCCAGAAUUUCAGCUCCAUAAUGUCUCCACUACGACGAGCAUCAGACCACGACCAGGUGGGCGAGUGCGGCUCUACUCCGAGUCCCAGGUGUGCUCCCAGGUUGGCAGAAGGGACAACACAGAGUUUCAGGAUGCAAUGACUCCUACUGAGGAGGGCGGAGGCGAUGGGGCUCCUUUCCGAAGCCGAUCACAGUCUGCUCCUCCUACACUGUGGGCUGCAAAGAAAUAUGGCCGCCAGCUGAGGAGGAUGAGUGAUGAAUUUGACACCUGGCUCGACAAAGGGGAGCCCAAGAGAGGGAUUAGCCCAGGAGGGGUCAAGCAGGAGGUCUCCCGAGGAUGGUUCUCUUUCCUCUGGAGUCCAAAAGAGGCCAAAGGCAGGGAGUGAAAAAUCAAUACAGUUUUUACCUCUUUCAGAGACCCAGCCAAGGCAAGAAGGAGCUCAUAUAAUUUCCAUAAUGACUGGACCACAGCUGAAAUAUUCACGUCCCAUGUGCAUACUUUUGCAGAAAUUACAGUAUUUUUAUGGAAAAUAUCACCAGUUCAAAUGUGACUUUUGUACAAUCAAAUCAAACGUUAUGCAAAAAUUCGCUGCAUAAUUGAAAAUAUGUUGCAAUAAUUAACAAUAAGUUAUUCAAUGCAUAAUAGAUGCAUUUUCUAAGCGACAAUCUCUUGUGCUACUGACAUAUUUAUAACAUAUGUAUAAAUACGUAUAACAAAUAUUUCCAGAGAAAUUUCAUAAAUUGUUCUAUUGAAGAUGUUCUACAUUUGUAGGUAUGAAUUUCAAGAUCUAAUAAUCAAUGGUUUGAAAUUCCCAAAACGUAAAUAUACUUUCGAGAUUCUUAAAAUAUGAAACCUGUGAAAGAACAACUGAUCUGUGAUGACAAUAAUUAUUAGACAUAUGUUGUAUGUUGAACACAAUUUUCUAUUAUACAUUUCUUUCCCGAUUUCAAUCGUUAGCUAAGCUAGAAUGCUAGCUAGAAUGCUAAUGAAUUGAAUGCUUUAAUCUUCAAAAACAUAACGAAUUCUGACUUCACAUAAGCUCUUAACUCUUCAAGUCAGGGUUUUGACAUUCUACAAUUAUCCUCAUACAUACUUUGACUGGUACACUCAGUUUAUUUUGGUAUUUAUCUUAAACUUAGAGACUGUACAUUUCAUAAUGUUCUUUCAUUUGCAAUCAUCUUUAAUUUCUUCUGUAUAUUUUUUCAAUUGUAGAUUGUGCAUACGGAUAUUUAAAACAAAAAAUGAAGACAUAUUUACAAUCCAGGCCAUAUACGCCCUUCUCAACUGCCUUAUAUGCAAAUAUUCUGAAUACUGUUAAGUCUUCGGUUGAAGAAAUAUGAGUGUAUAGGGCAGUCUGGUGUAGAACAACUAUGGUCACUGACUUCAGCUAUAACUGAUAUUCUACUUGAAACUUUGUGUGUAUCUUAACAUUUUGAUAUUUCCCCUUUUCAUUAACUGUUAACUGUUUUUACAUUUUUUAUGUUAUGUAACAGAUUAAAUGAUUGAAAAUUGCUUAUUAAAACUAGUGAUGCACCGAUAUGACAUUUUUGGCCAAUACCAAUAUCCAAUAUUUUCCUUACCAAAGGACCCGAUACGGAUAUUUAAAAUUGUAGAGUUCUUUUAAGCAUUCUAAUACAGUUAACACACACAUGGACGCAGCGGUCUAAGGCACUGCAUCUCAGUGCAAGAGGUGUCACUACAGUCCCUGGUUCAAAUCCAGGCUGUAUCACAUCUGGCUGUGAUUGGGAGUCCCAUAGGGCGGCGCACAAUUGGCCCAGCGUCGUCUGGGUUUGGCCGGGGUAGGCCGUCAUUGUAAAUAAGAAUUUGUUCUUAACUGACUUGCCUAGUUAAAUAAAGGUUACACCACACUGACCAAAAAGUUAUUUUAUUAGCAUUUACAUAUGUCCCCAUUACCAGUAAAACAUAAUCAAAUCCUAUUUCUUUCACUUACUUGCUGUGCUGUUUCAUUGUUAAUUUGUUCAGCCGUUUCAUUCUCAACCAGGAUUUCUAUGGAACGUUGUUUGACCUUGUCUCAUCGCGCACCAGCGACUCCUUUGGCGGGCCGGGCGCGCUAACCAACGGUGUUUCCUCCGACACAUUGGUGCGGCUGGCUUCCGGGUUGGAGGCGCGAUGUGUUAAGAAGCAGUGCGGCUUGGUUGGGUUGUGUUUCGGAGGACCCGUGGCUUUCGACCUUCGUCUCUCCCGAGCCCGUACGGGAGUUGUAGCGAUGAGACAAGAUAGUAAUUACUAACAAUUGGAUACCACGAAAUUGGGGAGAAAAGGGGGUAAUUUUUUUUUUUUAAGGCAGAAAAAAAUAAAUGCAUUCCAGGUGACUACCUCAUGAAGCUGGUUGAGAAAAUGCCAAGAAUGUGCAAAGCAUAAGGCAAAGGGUGGCUACUUUGAAGAAUCUCAAAUAUAAAAUAUAUUUUGAUUUUUUUUAACACUGUUUUGGUUACUACAUUAUGUAUUAUUUCAUAGUUUUGAUGUCUUCACUGUUUUUCUACAAUGUAGAAAAUAGUAAAAAAUAAAGAAAAACCUUUGAAUGA